GAAAAUAGAAGAGAAACGAGGAGUGACACUGAGUGACUCUGGAAAUCCAGCAGUAAACAUAAAAUCAUCUCCAACAGUUGACAGUCAGCUGCCCAGACAAGUGAAUAAAACAAGUGCGAAUUCUCAACCUACCACAAAACGCAGCCCAUCAUGGGACGAAGACUGGGUUCCUGCAAGGGGACCUUCAACCACCAUCCAGUCUUCUACAACAUUGCCUGCUCAGUCUACUACUGCAGGCCAGUCGAUCCAAGUUAAUUCUGGACAUUCACAAUCGUCCAUGACAUCUGCUCUAUCUAGCCAGCAACUUUCAUCUUCAUGUCCUGCAGUUGAUGUGGAAUGGCCUCCUAGAUCUUCAUCAUUUGGUACCACCAUCCUUGGGAGUUCUGAGAAACAACCAGAAAAUAAGGGGGCAUUGGGUUCAACUCUCGAUGAUAUUGAUCCUUUUGCUAACUGGCCUCCCCGGCCAAGUGGCUCCUCGGCUGCUUCUCACUCUUUGAACAAUGGAUCAGUGGCCCCAUUCGCAAACAGACCCGUGUCUGCCAAUAGUGCAACUCUUCUGAAUGGUUUAAACUCUCAAACAAAUGGCCUUGAUUCUUGGGCUUUCAGCACCCCAAUUUCUUCUCAGCCCUUGAAACAGAAUCAAGGAACUGCAUCGCACACUGAUGGUCUCACUAGUUGGGGUUUUAACCCACAGAAUUCUGUUGGAUUUAUGAAACAAAGUCAAGGGCCAUCAGCUAUGAAUGCUUCUAGUGGUCGAGCCAACGAUAUUGGAUCAAUUUUUUCCUCGAACAAGGGUGAGCAGACUGCACCAAGGCUUGCUCCACCUCCAUCAACUGCUGUUGGUAGAGGAAGGGGAAGAGGAAGGGGAAAUCAAGGGCAACUGAGGUCCUCAACAUCAGGGUCUAGUAAUGCAAAGUCUCAGCCAGAGCAGCCCCCUCUAUUGGAUUUGCUCUAA